AUGAACUUUCUCAGAAACUUGCUUCACGGGCAGCGCCACUUGACCAUGCGAACUCUUCCCAAAGUCGGUCCUGUGGCCGAAGAACAUCAUGUGAAUGGCAACUCGCUGUUUGAAUUCCCGGAUAACACCCAGUCCAUUACUUUCGGACUGGGCUGCUUCUGGGGCGCGGAACGACGAUUCUGGGAGCAAAAGGGAGUUUGGUCCACUCAAGCUGGCUAUGCAGGCGGCGGGUACCCGAAUCCGACCUAUGAGGAGACUUGCAAAGGACAUGCGAUGAAGAAUCAACAUGCUGAGGUUGUCCGAGUCGUUUAUGAUCCAUCAGAAGUGCCGCUCGAGAGCCUCAUCCAAGUCUUCUGGGAAGCUCACGAUCCAACUCAGGGCGACCGACAAGGAAAUGACCGAGGGCCCCAGUACCGCAGCGCUAUUUACACCAACAGUGAAGAAGAUCUCGCUCUUGCCCGCUCCUCUCGCGACUUUUACCAAAACGAAUUGAAGAAAAAGAACAUCAACUCCGUAAUCACUACUGAAAUUAAAAUGCUGGACGAGUUCUACUACGCCGAAGACUACCAUCAACAAUAUUUGAGCAAGAACCCAUGGGGUUAUUGUGGCCUCAAGGGUACUGGUGUUUCAUGCCCGCUUCCACCGAAGAAAUAA